AUGGUCGAUGAAUAUGAUGAAUCGUUUGAACUAGAUCGUACUCAGAGUCAAAUGAGUUGUAAACAAACAAAUGUUUGUAUUAAAAAAAUAAAAUCUGAUCAAGAUGAAUUUGAAAAAUUGCUUCAAGAAACCAAACAAUUACUUGAAGAUAUACAUUAUAUAAGUUAUAAUGGAGAACUUCUAUGGAGAAUUGAAGGUUUUACUCAGAAAUUUGCUGAAGCUCAAUCUGGAAAACAAACAUCAAUUGUAUCACCAUUAUUAUAUUCAUCACAAAGCGGUUAUAAAAUGCGUGCUUCUUUAUUUUUAAAUAGAAAUGGUGAUGCACAAGGUACACAUAUGUCUAUGUAUAUCAUUCUUUUCAAAGGAGAAUAUGAUGCUAUUCUUUCAUGGCCAUUUAAUAUUCCAAUAAUAUUUUGUUUUAGUUUUCAAAGACCAAUUUCCGAAAAGAAUAUUGCUAGUGGUAUAUCAAAAUUUUGUCCAUUGACAAUUAUUAAUAAACAAAUGAAUAAUUAUGUUCAAAAUGAUGAAAUAUUUAUUAAAAUUACAGUCGAUUCUCAUGAUACACCUAGACAACUUUUACCAGAGAUAUUAAAACUUAAUCCUGGAUUUUCGGAACACAUGCAAGAAGAUAAAAAACGCGCAAAAUAUGAUCUAUAUAAACAAGUUCGAAAAGCACUUGAUGCAGUAAAGAAACAAAGUGAUCAAGAAGGUAAUAUAUAUAGUCCAUCUAAUUUUUCUAAUAGUCGUAUUUCAGUUAAAGUGCAACCAAAAGGUCUGAAAUUUUCACCAUAA